AUGGUUCGAACAGCACAAGCAACAACAUUUUCGUCCUCCCCAUUCUUCGAUGACCGCGGCUCACAUGGAAUCGCUCAGCCAAUCACAGAAUUUGUUAAUCCUCAUUCCCGUCCAAUAGUUUCCUACUACUUCCCAAAAGGCGUCGGAGAACAUCAUUACGGGGAACGACAUCCAAUGAAACCCCAUCGUCUGACCUUGACAAAUGCUCUAGUCAUGGGUUAUGGUCUGGACAAACAAAUACACCACAUAUACAACCCUCGUCCAGCCACGCAAGCUGAACUAGAGGCAUAUCACGACCACGAUUAUAUUGAUUUCUUAUCCAGGGUAACGCCAAGGAAUCAGUCCGAAAUGAGGCAUUUAAUAGACACCUUCAACUGUGUGGAGGAUUGUCCGAUAUUUGCUGAAAUGUAUGAUUUCUGUCGCAUGUAUGCCGGAGGCUCACUUGCUGGGGCAAGAAAGCUGUGCGCCGGCACAUGCGAUAUAGCUAUUAACUGGUCUGGAGGACUCCACCACGCAAAGCGCGGUGAGGCCAGUGGAUUUUGCUACGUAAAUGACGUCGUACUGGCAAUUUUGGAACUAUUGAGGUAUCACCCUCGCGUGCUAUACAUCGAUAUCGACAUUCACCACGGAGAUGGAGUGGAACUGGCAUUUUACCACUCAAACCGUGUAAUGACCGUCUCUUUUCACAAGUACACUGGCGAAUUUUUUCCUGGGACGGGGAAGCUUGACGACAAUGGCGCGGGUAUCGGUAAACAUUUUUGUCUCAAUGUUCCUCUUCAAGAUGGCAUUGACGACGACAUGUAUCUGACAAUUUUCAAAACUGUCAUCGAAGACACUGUCACAGCCUUUCGCCCAACGUCGAUAGUUCUACAAUGUGGCGCUGACUCGCUUGGAUGCGACCGCUUGGGGGCUUUCAACUUAUCUAUCGCUGCUCAUGGUGAAUGCGUCAACUUCGUCCGGAAAUUUAAUGUCCCUCUACUCAUUCUGGGUGGAGGGGGCUACACGAUCAAGAACGUCAGUCGGUGUUGGGCGUACGAAACCGCAGUACUUGUCGGUGCUUCCAUACCGGACGAACUCCCUGCGACAGUAUACGAUCCAUUCUUUCGCGACUCACAGUGGAAAUUGCACCCACCAUUGACUGGGAGAGUCGAAAAUCAGAAUUCUCCAGCAUCGUUGCAGCGCAUCACUAUCAGUACCCGCAACAAGCUCAGGUAUCUUCAAGGUGCCCCGAGCGUGGCUAUGCAAGAAAUCCCUCCUGAUCUUGAGGGCCUCCUUGCCGAUGAAGAUCGCACACUAGAUGAGAGAGAUGAGGAGCAGGGAACUGCGCUCGCAGGUGAAGGGAGGAAUGAUCGGAGUAUAGCUAGGAACGAGUUCUAUGAUGGUGAAAAAGACGUAGAUAAUGACGAGAGCUCAGCACUGUCUGCUACCAAAACUAGAGCUUCGGCUACGACACGAAGGGCUAGGGGUACUAGACGCACGAGGGGGCGAGGGAGGAGCAAGACUGCUCCAGCAACCCCUCGCGAGGAAGGAGAAGACGACCCAGAAGAGGCGCCUGCGACAGCAUCAUCGCGGGGUGCCAAAGGGAAAAGUCGAGGGAAGGGUCGUGCUCGACCACGUGUCAAAAGCACUGAUAAAGACAAAGACAAAGGCACUACAUUGACCGAACCCGAUCUGGAUCCAGACCCUGGCGCUACAACGCCAAUGGAUCUUGAAAUCGAUAUAUAAUACAAGAAAGCUGGCAAGGAGUCCCACAUCUUCUAAAUUUCCCACUAAUCUUUCGGCGAUCGAACAUUUGUAGCCACUUUCCCCCCUAGCGCCACACUCGCUAUCAUCGAGACCUCCGUUGUUCAGCUGACCACUUCGUGGUUCCCAUACUACUACUCGAGCGUCGUUCAUCGUUACUUGGCCUCCCUCGAAUCGACGAACUUGGCGACUCUUCUAGAGGGGUUCCUGGCGUUUGAUUGUCAAUUAUGGCCUGCUCUGCUUGUCUGCCAUACUCCUUCCUCCUUCCCGCUGCUUGCUGUUUCGCUUUUCCAAAGUUCUGUAUGAUGAGAGCCCGUUGCACUCCAGUACUGUUUUCCACAGCUUUGAUACCAUCGGAUAUCCGCGUGUUUCGCUGUUGAUUGGGUUCGCGGAUCAUCAAUUUCUGCAUACUUUUCCAAGCUCCAUGUACUGGAUGAGCGACAACGCCCACAAUACCGGCGGCAGGUCGCAUGGUGGCAUUGACAACUAUAUAACACAUUGUCAACAAAGAGAAUAGGAAAACUCGAAAAUUUCACUGACAGCUACGACCCGAUCCUUUGAUGGCGCCCAUAAAACCCUACGAGUAGAAAAACCGUCAGCAGCUGCAGUCACCAUCAGUUGGAAGCUACACUAACUCCUUUUUUCGCUCCUUCCAUUGGUUCGCGAAUGAGUCCCGUAAUGCCAUCAUAGUAACCGUAAAAAAGGCCCUGUCAAUAUAUCAUCGUCAUCUAAUGCAUGGUUUUGAAUUUCUA